AUGGACUAUUCCGAUGAUAAGAAGAACGUCGACAUGGUCGAGUCGCUUUCCGACUCCGACUCAUUGGGCUUCGAUGAGAAGGCUACCCAGCGCCUGAUCAGGAAGAUCGAUUGGGUCCUGCUUCCCUUUCUCGCCUUGCUCUACCUCCUCAGCUUUCUCGAUCGUACCAACAUCGGCAAUGCCCGUCUGGCCGGUCUCGAGAAGGACUUGGGCAUGAAGGGCCUCGACUACAACAUCGCCUUGGCUGUCUUCUUCCCCUUCUACGUCGCAGCUGAGAUUCCAUCCAACUUGAUGAUGAAGAAGACCCGCCCGUCUAUCUGGAUUCCCUCCAUCAUGGUUGCCUGGGGUGUUGUCUGCACCCUCAUGGGUCUCGUCGACAACUUCGCCGGCCUUCUCGCUACCCGCGCUGCUCUCGGUGUUGCAGAAGGUGGUCUCUUCCCCGGUGUCACCUUUUACAUCACCAUGUGGUAUCGCCGCCACGAGUGCGGUCUGCGGAUGGCCAUCUUCUUCUCCGCCGCCACUGCUGCUGGUGCCUUCGGUGGCCUUUUGGCUCGUGGCAUCAUUGAGCUCGAUGGUGUUGGCGGCAAGGCUGGCUGGGCUUGGAUUUUCAUCAUCGAGGGUAUCGUCACCCUGAUCGUCGCUUUCAUCGCCUUCGUAGUCAUGAAUGACUACCCCGCCACCGCGAAGUUCCUCACCGACGCCGAGAAGAAGGAGGUCUCCCGCCGUCUCGAGCACGACCGUAGCUCUCUCGCCGAUGAGUACCACAUAAAGUACCUAUGGCACGCUCUCCAGGACUGGAAGAUCUGGGUGCACAUGUUCAUCACCAUCGGCAUCUACACUCCACUCUACAGCUUCUCCCUCUUCCUGCCCACCAUUGUCAGGACUCUUGGCUACACAAACGAGACCGCCCAGCUCAUGACUACCCCACCAUACAUCGUCGCCUGCUUCUGUUGUAUCGUCGGUGGCUAUAUGGCCGACAGGCUCCAGACGCGCGGUCUCUUCAUGAUCGGCUUCAACAUCACCGCCAUCAUCGGAUUCGCUAUGCUCCUUGCGUCAAAAAACCCCAAUGUCAAGUACGCCGGCACCUUCUUCGCCGCCUCGGGUGUCUACCCCAACGUGCCCCAGGGUGUCGCGUGGAACGGCAACAACAUCGGCGGCUCCGUCAAGCGCGGUGUCGGUAUUGCCAUGCACGUGGGCUUUGGUAACCUUGGUGGUGCCAUUGCCGGCUUCGUCUUUCUCUCCAAGGAUUCGCCGCAAUUCGUCCCGGGCCAUAGCAUCCUUAUCGGCCUGCUCAGUAUGAGCACCAUUCUCCAAAUCUUCAUGACGCUCUACCUCCGCCGCGAGAAUGCGCGCAGGGAUCGUGAGUUCAAGCGCCCGGCUGAGUACACGAUCGAGGAGAAGACUGCGGAGAGGGAGCGCGGCGAUCUUGCCAGCUUCUUCCGCUACACGGUCUAA